GAUAAUCCUAGAUAUUGGCUUAUACAAGCUGUUGUUCUACAUUGACCCCAUCUAGUGGACCUCAUUGCUCCUCGAGCUCAUCUCUCAACUCGAUGACAAGGCUGGCCAUCAGCCUCGUCGCCUGUGGGCCGCGCCAAUCACGAUAAGCUUAUUACCUAAUCAACUUGGCAUCAAGUAAUCACGAGCGACCUUCUCAGCCAUGUGCAUCACAUCACAGAUCUGGCUCCUCAGUAGCGAGAGGCUCAACCGCACCCAACCCCAACACUACCAUCCCUUGCUCCCAUAUACCUACACGAACAAUACGCCAGACAUUCCCAACGAGUCCACACAUAUUUGGAAGGACAAAGCCCUCACGAGUGUCAACAUGGGCUCACACAAACUAUGAUAUUGUUGCACGCGGUAGAACCCUGUUCUCACAACCAUGUCCCGUCCUGAUUUCUCAGAAACUCAAAGGCCUGGCGCGUUCCAAGCCCUCCCAGGACGGGACUCUCUCGAAUUAGCCUCCCUUGCCGAUUCCGAUCACGAUGACCUCCCUACCUCCGGCUCUUCCUCCAGGUCUGGCAUCUCUUCUUCGCGAAGGCUGUCAUUGGAAAACGAAGACCCAUUAGACAAUGCAAACCCCGCUAUCCGUCAGGGUCUCAGAGAUCGUUCAUACUCGGUCUCUUCGGCCUUCGAUUUUACCCCUGCAUUGUUUCCCUUGUCCUCGACUGCCGGUGGAGGUUACACUGCGCUGGGAAACCCUUCCUCUGUUUCCCUCGAACGACGCGGCAAUCUUCAAAAUCUUGAAAAGAACAAAACCCUGACAUAUCUUAAUGGUCUCUCUCUUGUCGUAGGAUUGAUCAUCGGUUCUGGUAUCUUCUCUUCUCCAGCCCAGGUCAACUCCCACGCAGGCUCCCCUGGGGCCUCUCUCAUUGUAUGGGCAAUCUCUGGACUGCUGGCAUGGACUGGAGCGUCCUCGUACGCAGAGUUAGGAGGCGCAAUCCCCCUGAAUGGUGGUGCUCAGAUAUAUCUAGCAAAAAUCUUCGGUGAGGUGGUGGGAUUCCUCUUCACCUGGUCGGGUAUUCUGGUCCUCAAGCCCGGGAGCACAGCCAUCAUCGCCAUCAUCUUUGGUGAAUACAUUGUCAGAGCGGCGAUUGGGGCGGAAGUCGAGGAAAUCAACCCUUGGAUCACCAAGGCCCCCGCCGUUGGUGCUCUGAUACUGGUCACAUUCCUGAAUUGUGUUUCGACGCGCUUUGCAGCACGCCUAGGCGAUCUGUUCAUGUUCUUCAAGUUCGUCGCUCUCAUCGCCGUCACCAUUAUUGGCGUUAUCGUCGCCACCACAGGACUGUCCUUCAACGGACCCGCCAACACCGAUUGGCGCACCCAUCAUUGGUUCCAAGGAACUAGCAAAUCCAUCUCCGAUUGGGCCGUUGCUCUUUAUGCCGGCCUUUGGGCCUUUGACGGCUGGGACAACACAAACUAUGUGACGGGCGAGUUCAAAAACCCCAGCCGUGAUCUCCCACGAGUCAUCCACACUGCGAUGCCUGCCGUGAUAGGAUGUUAUUUACUAGCCAACAUCAGCUAUUUCUUCGUCCUCCCGCUCGAGACCAUCAAUAAGACCAAUACGGUGGCGGUCCAAUUCGGAUCGAAAGUAUUUGGCCCCAUCGGCGCUCUCAUCCUCGCUCUAAUCGUCUCCGCCUCAUGCUUUGGAGCUCUCAACGCCACAACUUUCACCUCUGGCCGAUUGAUCUACGUCGCCGGCCGCGAAGGGUACAUCCCUGGACUUUUUGGUCGCAUCGGGUUCGGUUAUUCAUCCAACAAUGAGCCAACGCCACCAGUACAACUCAACAAACUCCGUCAUCGCUCCUUCAUAUCCAAAUUCUUCAGUCGCCUGUUUGGCGAUUCUUCCAUCGGAACAUUCCACACCCCUAUCAACGCCAUGCUUCUCAAUCUGGUUCUCAGCACCGUCUACAUCGGUGUAGGCGAGUUCCGCACUCUAAUCACCUUCUACGGUGUAGCCGGCUACACAUUCUACUUCCUCACGGUCCUGGGCUUGAUUGUCCUACGGAUUCGAGAACCUAACCUGGAACGACCAUAUCGCACAUGGAUCAGUACGCCGAUCAUAUUCUGUUGCGUCAGUCUCUUCCUGGUGUCUAGAGCAGUGAUUGCUGAACCGGUUCAAACCGUCAUCGUUCUCGUCUUUGUCGCCAGUGGAGUCCCCGUGUAUUAUUUGUGGGUGAGGAAAGGUGUUGAAGGAACGGCUGGAACUGGUGGUCGUGGCAGCACGAGGAGUGAAACCAGGUUUUGGAGGCGAUGGGGGAGAUGAUGGGAUUUGAUAUUAUACUCUUCGUCGCUCCAUAUGUGCGCAGACGCAGACGAGAGCGAGUGUCACACCCGAGGCCUGUCUAGGAUGUUUUGGAUACAAAUAUAACCAAGAAUGAAUUUCUCAGGCUGAGCAGUAACCAAAAUUUCCCCGUGA